AUGGCACGCGUCGCCUGUUGGUUCUCGGUCGUCGCUGCGACUAUCGCGAUUGUGACGACCGCUGACAUCCAUAGUACCGAUGUGUACUCGAGAAGUGACUGCAGCGGCGUGCCCGAUCACUUCCGUAUCAGCCAGCGCAGACCCUGCGCACUGAGCAACUCGAAGUGUGAAGCCAAGGAGGUUUCCAACCAGACCGAGUACGACGUCUGCAGCUCCAUCUCGGACCCGCAGACGCACGCUGCAGAGGUCUUCGGGGGCGUGCCGUCCAUGCUUACGAACGCCUUCAACGACAACAACUGCGACGAGUACACGGGGUCAUUCGCCUAUCGCGCGGACGGCUCGUGCUUCAAGGUCGAUGCCCAGAGCUCCCAACUGCUCAUACUGAAUGCGAACGGGUCGGUAACGUGGAAGCAGUACGCGGGUGUAGCGCGUGAAGACAAGGACCUCUCUACCGAUCUACACCUGCAACAGAGGGGGGUUCAUCUACUGCAAUAA